AUGGCGGUUGGCCGGAAUUUUUCCGGCUCCCGCAAAUUGAUACUUUUUGCAUACAUUUAUGUUGUAAUUUGUGGAAUAUUUCAUCCAAAAACCUGUACAUCCACAAGUGUUUCCACCUGGCAAAGUUUUUAUGUGUGCAUAGAAGUCACAAGAGUAAAAAGAUUCAACAAUGUUGUCAAGCGUCGACGAGCUUCGAAACAGCGACCGUUAAUAAUCGUUUGUAACUGAUUCUUGGAUUGCGCCUUAUUCUUUACGUCUUGUAUACGGUGUUUUUCAUCAAAUUAUCAGGGGAUGUUGAAACUAACCCGGGACCCCAAGACGACGCGCAUCGUGGUGUAAAAGAUCUCGUUUUAAACGGAAGAAGUUUGACAAGUUCAGUUAAAACGGAUAUAACAACAUAAAGGAAAGUAACCUUGAACGUUUUCAGAACCUGGUUUACUCCGACGAUCUUGAUAUAGUCUGUGUUAAUGAGACUUGGCUUUCAGGACAUGUUUACAACGCCGAAAUUCUACAUUCGGGUUAUUGUAUUGUCAGAAAAUAUCGUAAGACGCGGGGAGGUGGUGUCUUGCUGGGAAUUAAGACUGCUGUGUUUAAAUCUGUGCGCGAAAUCGAACAUAACCACGAUCUAGAGAUUGCUAUGGCUGAAAUAACAACUGCGAAAGACAUGAAAUUGCUUAUUUGUUCGUGUUAUCACCCACCAGACGCUGAUAAAACUUGGAUUGAUAAAACUUUUCUCCAAGAUGUUUCCACACGUCAUUCAAAAAUUGUAAUCGCUGGCGAUUUCAAUUUUCCGCGCGCGAGCUGGAACUCGCGAGAAAAUGGUAUUAACGUUAAUGAGAACUCAUUUAUCAAAUUAUUAAAUAACUUUUUCUGGGAACAACUAAACACAACUCCCACCAGAGGCGAAAACAUUCUCGAUCUUGUUAUCACCAGUGUUCCCGACCGAGUCAAGAUAUGCGAAUUUUUAAAACCAAGUGAUUCAGACAUUUUAACCGAUCACAACGCCAUUAUUUUCGACCUGCUCCUCUCAUACAAUCCUUUCCCAAAGAUAAAACGUUCAGUAUUUGAUUACCGACGCGCUGACAUUGAUGGUCUACGAAGGCAUCUUCAAUCCCUCGACCUCCGUCAACUUAUAUCAGAGAACGGAAAUAUCAACCAGGAUUGGCUCGCGUGGAAAAAUGCGUUUUUGGGCGCGGAAUCGAAAUUUGUGCCGACAAAAACACUACGAGGUCCAAACCAUCUCCCUUGGAUGAACAGUACAAUACUUCACUACAUCAAGAAGAAAAUCUCCAUAAGAACGAGAAUUACAAGUUCCUGUCAUACAAGUGAACGCCUCAAGCACAAAUUUCGAGAGCUUCGCAGGACAAUUAAAAGAAUGUUGCGUGAAAGUCGCUUGGACUAUAUCAAUUCAAUCUGUGCAUCUCGUGAACCCAAUCCUAAACGUUUCUGGUCGUUUUUCAAGAUUAAGUCUAAGGUAUCUCAUUUUCCGUUAAAAGUCUCGGUUAAAUCUAGUGAAAAUCAAAGAACGUAUUCCAACAACAACGUAGACAUUGUAAAUACUUUUAACGAAUAUUUCGCCUCAAUUUUUACGCAUGACAACAAUAGUGACCACAAUCUAGGAGAACACUCGGAUCCAGAAAUUGCUUUGGAAGACAUAACACUGACUAACGACGAAGUAAUAACCGUAUUAACUAAUCUAAAUAACAAUAAAGCUCAUGGUCCAGAUGGAAUCCCAGCACGUUUGUUGACGGAAACAUCAUCCCAAAUCGAUCCUUCACUCUGCCCUCUCUUCAACAAAUCUUUACGUUGUGGUGUUCUUCCUGAUGAUUGGAAAUUAGCGAAUGUCGUACCAGCACACAAACGGGGUGAGAAAUCCUAUGUCGAGAACUACCGUCCAAUCUCGUUGCUUUCCCUUAUCUCCAAAGUCCUCGAGCGUUGCGUUUUCCAUAACAUCCAACAUCAUGUUUUUCAACAAAUCAACCCUUGCCAACACGGUUUUGUUCCACGAAAGUCAUGCGUAACGCAACUGAUCGAAGUAUUCGAACAGAUAGGUCGGAAAUUAGACAACGGUAAGCAGAUAGACGUGAUUUAUCUGGACAUGUCGAAGGCAUUCGAUAAA